AGAAAAAAUCAAACUGGCAACACAUCUAAAUGCUGUCAAUUACCGGAAAACGAAAGGAAGUAAAUUAUUUAAAUAAAUCCAAGAUCAAUGAUAAAAUAUAUUUGAAAUAUCUAAUGUUCAUGAAUAUUACAAUUUACAAAAUUUAAUUACCAUGUUCGAAUGGGCUUAUAGUGGAGCUAAUAAAGCUGUACCUAGAAAUGUCGGCCCUGAAUGUGCAUAUUUUUUAUCACCUCAUAGGCAAAUUAUCGAAACUGUAAUAGUGACAACGGCAUGUGUAUAUAUUAGUAUCAAAACAUUCCCAAAAUUGGAAAUUCCUAAAGAGAAUACGUAUAUAAAAUGUGAUAGAGGUGGCAAAAGGCUGCUGGUUAUUCUACUUGCUCUUUUAUGGGGUAUGGAAAUUGGUUUUAAGUUUGCAUCAAGGACUGUUAUAUAUUUGUUGAAUCCAUGUCAUGUAACAACAUUAAUUCAAAUUUAUUUAUUGGCUGCUCCGCCUUCCAAGACAGUCACCGCAUUAUUCCGUAUUCACUUAAACUUAUUAAAUGGUCCGCUGUUAGCCUUUCUCUUUCCAGAAACAGCUUCAAGAACGAUUUUAGCAGAAGCUGCAUUGUAUUGGAUACAACAUGGAAUGAUGUUUGUGAUACCCUACUAUCUAUUAAGAAUUGGUGGUGUAUAUAAUGUUGAACCGCUGUGGGAUUUUAAUUGGUCUAUAUUUAGCUACUGUUUAAAUAUGAUAUAUCACUUCAUUGUUCUACAAUUAAUUGCGAUCCCAGCUCAAGUGAAUUUAAAUCACAUGCUAUGCCCAGCAAUAUUGGAUCCAUUCGAUGGGCCUUGGUACCGCAUAGCUGCCGUGAUACACCAAGCGAUCCUUUGUCCACUUCUGUGCAAACUAUUUUGUAUAGUCGCCGAUUUUUGUUUGACGAAAUUCCCACCAACCAAAGUAAAACCACAUAUGAAGGAUCAUUUACAAGAUAGGAAGUUAAAUGAGUUUGUUGACUAGUAAUUGUAAUGUUUGACUUUUAUUAUAAAUGGUACGUCAUACCAUUGUAAACGUUCUUGGGUCGACCUUUCUGCUGUUAUGUGUAUUGCUGAAUUGUUAUUGUAUUAGUACCAUAAAGAUAUGUAAUUGAUUGUAACGUUAAACACAUAAAUCUCGUUAGUGUAUGGGCUUAUUUGGUAUGAAAUAUUUGCAAUAAUAUAUUAAAAAGUAAUUUUAUUAUACUAUACGGUUUACGGGGUUUAUAGGAAACCCUUUAGGGUUAAGAGUUUAAUUAGAUAUUCUAAAAGUCCUCUAUUUUUAAGAUAAAUAAAAUAAUCGUUUAAAUUAACGUAAUAAAGUGAAAAUAAUAUAUUAUGAGUCCCAUUCGAAAUGUGGUAUGUUGAAUUUUUGUAUAAGUAAUUUGUUUUUAAGGAAAUAAUAUGUCAAAGCUAAGAUUAGUUUAAAAUAGCGAAUGGUCCGUCCAGGGCGUUUACGCCGUAGCUGGCAAGAAUUUAUAGUUCAAUUAUGGUUAUACGGGUAAUGUUAAUGUUACACUCAUGUUGUCCUCGUACUGUCAGAACCUAAAGUGCACAACGAAUAAUUUAUUUAAUGAGAUACUCAAAAACGUAAGCGCGAGCCCGUGAACGUUUAAAUAUGUCAAAUUUUGUAACAAUCCUAGCCAGUCAUGUAUUGGAAUGGAAAGUUUUAUCAUGGUAAAAAUUUAUACAUUUAUUUUGUAAAAUCACAUUGUAAAAUAAUGCUUAAUAUCAUUUUACUUGGCUUUUUGCACCAUUUGACCUUCAAUCGAUACAAUGUAAUAUCAACAUCUAUUAAAUAAUAAAUAAAUGCGUUUACAUUGUUUUAAUUAAGUAAUCAUA